ACUUAUCUUUUAUUCAUUAAUUAAUCUCCUUGUUUCCCUUGUCGUCUUCAGUUUCACAUAAAUCUAAUCUCAUCACUUCGACGUUGUAUAUUUUUUUUUUUACAAAAAUAUAUAUAAAAUGAUGUCGCCAAAGCCAGUCUCUGAAGAUCGAGGAUCUCCUCAGUUCAGGCAUACACCAUUACAGAUAAUCCAUGUUAUCGGAAACUUCUUGAGGAUUUGGUCGGUCUACUCCAUGUAUCGCUAUUUGUCUCAAACAGGAGCUUCAGUGACACUUUUUAUCUUCUGCUGUCUGGUUCCUUCAUCCAUCCUAUUUUUAAUGUUGCAAAAACCUUGGAAGGGAAGACCACUCUCAAAUACACAGGUAGUGCCUUCUGUUAUUAAUGGUGGCAUAACAGCUUUGUAUUUUAUUUUGUGGGGAAAGGGUCUCAAAGCAUGUGGACCAGUUAGAGCUGUAUUGGGAGAGUAUUCUGGUGCAGUUCUUGGAGUAUUAUCGGGAGUAUUAUAUGGAAGGAAAGUCUAUGUCUGGAAAAAGGUUGGCGGGCUUAUUUCAAUGUUGGCAUCUUACUACUUAUUAUCUCAAGGCUGGGCCAUGACAACUUUUUUUCCAUUUUCAUUCAAAGAUAGCCUUGAUGCAGAGGUUCCAACUGAACAAGUAUUGGGUAUGAAAGAAAUGGCAAUUCCCAUCUUUGCUGGAAUCUUGUCGGGAUUGAGAAGGGUGCUUGCACGGCGUGUUUCACUCAAGAAUCAACUCAAGAGGCGACUUCAUGCUAUAACUAUAGCUGCUGCGACAUGUUUUCUGUUUCCUGUGGCUAUGUGGGACUUGAUCAUAGGGUCAGCAUCAAGUAGCAAUGUAGAGUUGCCAUUUUCUGCCUGGGCUUUUCUGAGCACUACGCUCUUUGGAGUUAUCCUGAUAUUCUAUGUUGACAGUAUUGCAGAGGAGAGGUUGCACAUGGUUUUCUCUUCUCCAAGGCAUUUAAUGGUGGCCGCAGGAUGCAUUAUUAUCAUGGAGAUAGUGUAUAAAAUGGACUUCUCUCUAUCAGGUUUCCUGAUUUGCUCCUCAGUAUUGAGCCUUGGGAUCCAUGAGGCAACAUCUUUGGAACGGAGUAGGAAAGAUUCCUUUCAAAAGCCAGAUCAAUCUAAUGGGAUUUUAGAGGAUGACCUUCAGAUGACUUCACUUCCAACUUAAAGAUAUCAUCGCAGCUGACUGGUACUCUCUGUGCAAAUUGCAGCUUCGACUAUAUCGAUCACACUGGCAAUUUUGUUUGGUGGCAUUUCUUGCAAAGAUGUUGAUUUUAAUCCCCAAGUUAUCGGGGUAUUUUACACCGCACAUUCAGUAAGUCUCGGUUAAAUUCUUUGAUGUGAAAAUGAUAGGUGACUCCCAAGUAGAUGUUGAAAUUCUAGGAAACUUAGAGACACAUUGUUAAUGGUUGGAGCCUUCCAUGUUAUGGCAUGGAAUAUUAAGAAGGUAUUCAGAAAAUCAGACUGUAAAAUUCUGCAAUACUGUUGUUAGUUGAUUCCUGCCAAACUUGUGAGAGGUUUUGGAGAUAAUUUUGCUGUAGGUUAAAUUUUGUAUUAACUCCUCUUUUAAUUUAUGAAAACUUCAUCAAAUGUUUACAUAUUA